UACAGAUAAUACAAACGGAUCCGUUCUUAACAGAUGCAGAUGGUUAUAUUAUCUGAACGGAUCCGUCUGUGCAGAUCCAUGACGGAUCCACACAAAAUCCAAGUGUGAAAGUCGCCUUACAAGUGACGAUCAGCAUUUUUUGUGUUAUUCCUCUUGAAAUAGAGCGAUGUGACAGUGCGGCCCUCCAACCAAAAAAAGUUGUACUUCCCUCCCUGGUCCUAGAGACACAGAGACAGGGGCCCGAUUUUGCUAUUAAGUAAAGUCCCAUUAAAUUUCCCAGUUAUAAGAAAAAUAAGUAAUAAAAAAUAAAGUAGCUGAAGCCCGGCCCAGGUGCUCCGAUCCCGGCAGUUUAACCCCUUACAUGGGCAAUAGUAAAUGUAACAUCCAGAGUGUCAGCCGGCUGGCACCCCCUGACUGGUGCAGGGAAGAUGAUGUCAAUUUGUUUCUUGGUAACUGAGAAAUAUCAGGUGGGGACUUCCAAAAUGAGUCAAGAGAACAGCAAGUGAAGACUUAAAGGAAGUCACAUGACUUCAAAGAUUCGACAGGCUCAUUUAUCCAGAGGACAUCUCACUAAGAUACAUGCUCUUAUUAUCUGCUUCCAGCUUAAAGCUCACCAUGUUCCUCCUUGUACUACCACUCCUAAUCUGUGCUGCAGCAGGUGAGAUCCGCAUGCUGUAUAUAGCCUGUACAAUAUACAUUAGUGUGCAGCUCUACCCCUGGCUAAAGCCUCGUGCUCUCAUACUUCUCUGAAUAACACCAUUCAGAUACAAUGAUAGACGUCAUUGUUUUCGAAAAGGGAAACUGUCAUACAGUCAUUGUGUCAGUACAGUGUUGUGGCUCCAUGGCUUCUGUAUGUGGGCAGGACGUGCACCCGUGGAUCUGUGUGCAAUCUGUGGAACCUCUCUACUGUAUAUGUGACUUAUCAUAAUUGCAAAAUGUUCUUUCUGUAAAAGCUUUGUCUCUAAGAUCUGUUAUAUUAGCGUUAGAUGAACUGUCAGGGGACCGCCAUGGGGUUCAACAUUACCCCUGUGUUAAUAAAAGCCAAUUUCACCACAUACUUUGAAUAUAAUAACUAAAUGUCAGCCAUGUAUGCCGCACACAUAACUCAUGCUGUCCUCAUUGUCUAGAAGAUUGUAAGCUCGUUUUGGGCAGGCCUCUAUUUCCUUUGUAUAUCUUCUUUACAUUCUUUGCCUUUUCCUGUAUAUACUGUAUUAGAGCUUGUAUUUGCAACUUGACGGCUAUGUAAGGCGCAGUGCUGCACAAUAUGGUGGUGAUAUAUGAAUAAAGGAUGAUCACCUCAGUUAUCUGCCUUCAAGAAUGGCCUACUGCUGUACAGAGGUCUUCUCAGCUAUUGUACUACAAGUCUCAGAAUGUCAGAAUUCCUUGGAUGCACCAAAUCACUACAAGUUAUCCACAAAUAAAAUGUCUGCGCCUUAUUGUUAGAGUAUGAAGAAGAGAAAAUGAUUCCUGAAGACUGUGAUCAAAGUGGUGUGAUUUUGGAGUGACGUUGGCCUAAUGAGUCACUCAUAUCUCUAGAUCAUAACAUGGCCGGAUACAACACGACAUUAGGGGGUGUGACAUUUUAGCAGAUGAGGUUUAUGUUUAUUCACUUUACCAUUAGGCCACCUGUAUUAUCAGACCUUCCAUCACCUCCUCACUGACUGCUUCCAAGAUGAAGACCUCCAUGUUCCUGCCUGUACUAUUACUCAGUAAUGUUGUUGCUGCAGGGAAUGCUGAGAUCCCAAAAUAUGGAGCUGUUGGGUCAUCAUUCACUUUUCCACCAGUAAAAGUUUCUCCUGGAACUCCAUAUGAUUUAAGAAUAAGAGACAGCCAAACACUUAUAGCCACCUAUCAUGACUCUGAGAAUGUGAGGCCACCGUAUAAACACCGGGCUAGCUUCUCAAGAAAUGGGACUGACCUGAGGCUUGUUCUGAGACAACUGACCAAAGAAGACAGCAAGACGUAUGAGCAAGUGGUGAACAUGAAGGUUGUGGCUCAGAUACAUCUCAUUGUGAUUGAACCAGUGACUAAGACAACCCUCCGGAAAGUGAAUGUAACCAUAGAUGGCAGCCAAUGUCAUGUCCACCUACAGUGCAGCGCCCAGGGAGCAGAUCUCCUCAAUGUGAGAUUUCAUAAAAAUGGAGAAGAGAUCACUGGGAACAUCACCAGGAUGGGCAAUUCCAGCUUCUUGAUUAUUGACCCCUUGGAUCCAUGGUCUCCUAGGACCUACACCUGUGAAGCAUGGAACCCUGUAGGAAAUGAGACGUCUCCAGAGAUUCUAUUACCAUCUACUGACAAUGAUAAGUGCAAGAAUGCAAAAUCAAACCCUCGAAACUCGUGUAUCAUCAUAGUUGUCGUCCUUGGUAUCAUCAUCAUCAUUAUUGCUUUCCUACUUUACAGGAAAUGUCAACACACAAGUGGAGAGAAAGCACCGCUAAUCAACGAGAAACCAUCUGAAGAGGAAAAAAGUGAAGAUUCCUCCUGUACAGUACCUAAUCCAGAAGAACCUGGAGACAUGACCAUGGGCAAUGGCCAGGGGGGGCCAACAGCCGAGAAUAUUCCAAACAGUUCAGAUCCAGGUCAUUGUGGACAAGAAGAUAAAUCCAGCGUGGAAUUAAAACCCCUUGUCUCGGUCCCUGACGGUGGUCAAGAAGCUAUUGGAUGAUGUAUAUGCAGCCAGCCAGUCGCAGGGGCAACACGUGAGGUGCACGGUAGACUGAUGAGGGGCCAAAUACUAUAACACACUGUUAUGGGGGA